CAGAUCGACGGGACGCCCCUACCCAGCAGGAGCAGCAGCAGUACUGCGUCGCUGACUGAUCUGAAUUUCCUCCCCGCUUAGACAUAUGACCGGAGUCUCAUUGGGUAGGCGUUUUCUCACCCUGGAAAGUGUUGUUUUAUUUGUUUCCCGUGCAACCAGCUCACCGCUGUAACUCUCGCGACGCGAGCUGAAGGCAACAUUUCACUCGGGCUUGUCCGAUAUACUGGAGAAACUCUUUAAUAAUGAAUGAGCGGGAUUGUUUGGAUACCGCGGACACCCAUGCCUGCCCCACUACUGCCGAGCUCAGUAAGGCAGUGUCAGUGUCCUUGGGUUUGGAUUCGGUGUCUUCUCCGCUCAACAACACGAACCCUUGCUUCAGCGGCGCCUUUCCAGACUGCGACCCCACCAGAGGGAACAGUUCCCGAGGAGUGUCGACGUUAGGAGCGGCCGGAAAUAUGAACUCAGAGGGCAGCAGGUUUCUACUGAAUGACAGUAGUCUAAGAGAGGCCGACUUUGGAGAAGUGUGCCAUGGCAUACAGCAGGUGAGCUGCAUGGAUCUGCUCAGAUCGAGCGAAAUGGACAGCGCGCAAACCAUGACGCGUGGCCCGGUGAUAUCCAGAUAUGUCUGCAAGGAAUCAAACUUGUUUAUCAACCCGUUGGUAGAGCUGCCCGCGCCCUCUCAGGUGGAUGAGCUCUCACCUUUGAAACAAUACUCUGCUUACUCUGCCAAUCCAAACCUAUACAGAGAUACCCAGGGUGUGUGGUGCGCAAAUGAGCGCGCAUACAGCGGUCGAUCCGAGCCAGAUAGAUGCGGAUCCGGAGGGCAUAAUUUGUUGUGUAAAUAUUGUAAUUGUGGGCAAACCCAUCUGGCAUCCAGGCACGAAUGCCACUGUGUCUGGUACAGCAAGGGUGAGCAGGGUGGUAAAGGUGGCAUACGAGCAGCGAUGGCACAAGAGUAUGGCCAAGUGGAAAGAUACCAAAAUGCAGUUGCUCAAGGACAGGCCACUUUUUCCACUAUCAAGACCGAACCUUCAGUUUGGGUGGAUUGCGCAGAUCGCAGUUUCAGGCAUGAGGGUUUAUUUCCAGGUGUGUACCUCUCAGAAAGGAGAGUGUGUCAGGUGUGCGGCGACGACGCCUCAGGUUGUCACUAUGGAGCAGUCACCUGUGGCAGCUGCAAAGUAUUCUUCAAGAGGGCUGCUGCCGGUAAGCAGAACCACCUGUGUGCCAGCCGGAACGACUGCACCAUCGACAAACUGAGGCGGAAAAACUGUGCCUCAUGUCGUUUAAAGAGGUGCUUCAUGUCCGGAAUGAGCCUUAAAGGUCGCAGGCUGAAGGGAGCCGGACAGACGAGAAACGGAGAGGAGGAGCAACCUCCGGCUUCCUGGGGGCCUGGAGAAAGAGGAGAGAGGGCGGGAAAGAAGGACGUAAUGUUGGACCCCAGAAGUGCAGCUGCCAGGGCUCAAGCCACGUCCCAGGCCCUGGCUCCAGGAAUACCCCCGACCCUGCGCUCCUGCCUAUCCCUCCUCAGCGUCUUGCAGGCCAUCGAGCCAGCCGUGGUCAAUGCCGGACAUGACCCCGCCCAGCCAGACAGCCCUGCGUCCUUGCUCACCAGUCUCAAUGAGCUCGGGGAAAGACAGCUGGUAACCGUGGUGCAUUGGGCCAAGGCAAUACCAGGUUUCCGUGACCUGCAUGUGGAUGAUCAGAUGUCAGUGAUUCAGUUGUCAUGGAUGGGGGUGAUGGUGUUCGCCUUGGGCUGGAGGUCCUACACACUCACUAACAGCUCCAUGCUCUACUUUGCUCCAGACCUCGUCUUCAACGACCAGCGGAUGCAAGUGUCCAGUAUGUAUGAACACUGUGUGAGGAUGAAGCUGCUCUCCCAAAGGUUCUACAUGCUGAAGGUCACCCAAGAAGAGUUCCUCUGCAUGAAAGCCCUGGUACUCUUCAGCAUCAUGCCAGUGGAGGGCCUCAAGAGCCAACGUUCUUUUGAUGAACUGCGGACCUCCUACAUCAAGGAGCUGGACCGUUUGGCCAGCCACAGCGGAGAGACCACCCGUACACAGAGACUGUUUCAGCUCACACAGCUGCUGGACUACCUCCAGUCGGUUGUGAGGAAGUUACACCAGUUCACCUAUGAUCUGUUCAUCCAAGCUCAGUCCCUGCAGACACGUGUCAACUUCCCAGAGAUGAUCUCAGAGAUAGUGAGCGUUCACGUGCCCAAGAUCCUCUCCGGCAUGGUCAAGCCCAUCCUUUUCCACAAUACGGCCUAGAGAGAGGAGUCUCUUGUGAUCGUCCUAUUGGUCACUUGAGCUCUGGCACUCGGUCCUUCAUCCAUUUUCUGGUAAAGCUGAAGUGGCCGGAGAGGGUUUAUGAUUUUAUGAGGUGAAAGAUGUGUAAGCCCCUUUUUACCUGCAGGGUGAGAGUGGAGCACAGUGAGUGGAUAUUAACAGAAGGGAAUACAGCACAUUCUUCCAGCCUAAUGUAAUCUACUUACAUCUACUCUGUUCUUCCUACUGCCUGUUUGCUGUAUCACGCACACCAAAUGUUUCUGGAGCCGAUUAAAACACUUUUUUAGCAUGCAUUCCUCCACACAAGCCCAUGAGUUGCCAACAAGCCCAGCAUGCAGACUUCCUCAACCCGUCAUUCAGAUUGUGACAACAGGUAAUAUUUCAUUUUGAGAGGUACGACAGUAGCGAGAAAAACAUUUUUGCAGAGUUCACAUCACCGUAGCUUGUCUGUGUGCGCAGUCGCUUGACAUUUGGACUAGAUUUUUUUUUUUUCUCCCACAAUGAAUGUUGUUGUGUGCACCUGGGAUGAACAAAGUCCUUGAUUGACAGUUAAUAAGUGGUUGUGGCAUGCAUGCUAAGAAGCAAAGCUGUCUCGCCUGAAGGCAGAUAGAAACAUUUCUGAAAGCUGUUCUCAUCUAUAGAAAUAAUAGUCUUCUAAUAGUUUUAGGUGUCAACGAAAUAAGUACACUUUUAAGAUGUGUCAAUGCAAAUUUCAAAUGUAUAUUUAUGAAUAUUUUAAUGUCAAAAUGUCACACCAAAGACAAUGAAGAAAGUAAUUAGACAAAACACAUAAAAUAAGUUGACUAAUAACACUAUGGGUGAGUUGUUUUUUUAAGUUCGCUUUUCCAGAGUGAGCAUUUCAUACUGUUGUAACUUUUCUACAGUUUCUUAAAGUGUUCUUGUGUAAAGCAGAUGCUCUGUCGUGUAUCAUCAUGUAUUCAUUGUAGCUUUUUGACAGUUUUGCAAAGCGUUAAACGUCCAGCCAAGAAUUUGCUCAUUUGUUGCAACAUUUACAGCUUAACAUGUAAUAAAACUGAAGCAUGAGUGUGUAUCUGUGGGUUGAUAAUGAGCCGCUGGCGGCAUUAGA